UACAUUUCCCUUUAACAUACACGUUUUUUGGACCACAUUUCCAAUUACUUGAAUAUAAAAUGAUUCCAGCCGUAAUAUAAAUAAUGCGAUUGGCUUUAAUUUUAAAUACUGUUGUACGAAAAGUUAAUUUUACUAAAGUUUACACUUUGCAUUACAGUUUUAGUUCUGUAAUUCUAUCCAAGUAUCAAUUUGGAAAAAUAUCUUCGCCUAAAUCAGAAAGUAUGAAACGAAGUUUUUCUACAAUGUCCGGACUUAAAUUCGAUGAACCAGCCACAAUAGGAACCCAUGAUGGCGUUUUUCAUUGUGACGAAGCGUUAGCGUGUUAUUUGUUGCGAAAAAUACCUCAAUUAAAAAAAUCAGAAAUUAUUCGGUCUCGUGAUUCUAAAGUUUUAGAUAAGUGUUCGAUUGUUGUGGAUGUUGGCGGCGUUUACGAUCCAGAACGACAUAGAUAUGAUCAUCAUCAACGAGAGUUUAUGCAUACUUUAAGUUCCAUACGCCCUGAAUGUCCAGAUAAACAUAUACGAUUAAGUUCCGCGGGUUUAAUUUACGCACAUUUUGGUAAAGAAAUCAUCGGAUAUAUUUUGAAUGAUUUGGAUUUAACCGAUGAUCAAUUAAAAUUGUUGUACUUACGUGUAUACGAAGAUUUUGUGGAAGAACUUGAUGGUAUAGAUAAUGGAAUACCGCAAUAUUCAGAAGGAAAAGCUGCGUUUCGAAUUAACACUCAUGUAAGUGCCAGAAUUGCUAUGUUGAAUCCAAAAUGGAACUCACCCGAUGAUGUGGAUGUACAAGAAUUAUUUUAUAAAGCUAUGGAAAUGGUUGGUAAAGAAUUCGAAGAAUCUCUUUUAUAUGCAGCAAAAGUUUGGUUACCUGGACGGCAGUUGGUUAAACAAGCAAUCGAAAAACGUUUCGAUGUCUACAAAACCGGUGAAAUCAUGGAAUUAUCAAAUAGAUGUCCUUGGAAAGAACAUUUAUUUAGUCUGGAAAAGGAAUUAGGUAUUAAAGAUGAAAUCAAAUAUGUUAUCUUCCAAGAUAUUAAGGGUCAAUGGCGUGUUCAAGGCGUUCCAACAGAGCCUAAUGGUUUUAUUUGCAGAGUUUUUCUACAUGACGAUUGGCAAGGUUUACGAGAUGAAGUAUUAAGUGAAAAGUCCGGAAUUCCUGGUUGUAUAUUUAUUCAUGCUAACGGAUUCAUUGGUGGACAUUUAAACCGGGAUGGUGUGUUAGAAAUGGCAAGAAGAAGUUUAGAAUUUAAGAAUUCAAAAAUUCAAUAG